AUGGUUGAUGCAGUAGCAGCAGAGCUGGAUCCCGUUGAUUUGGGCGAAAAAUUCGAUCAAAACUGCAACAUUGACAGCAAAAAAAAGAAGAAAAAAUCCAGCAAGAAGAAGACCGUUGCUGUCACUCCUCUUCCAUCGUUCUAUCAAGAAGCACUUGCCUCGUACCCAGUGAAAUUGAACAAUACCAAGGCAAAAGGUCGACAUGCAGUUGCUGAAGUUGGUUUGGAAGAAGGCAUUACAUUGUGUCAAGAGCAAGCGACCGCUUUUGUUGUUCGAUCCGAGUAUAUCGACCAGCAAUGUCAUGUUUGCUUGUCUGAUUUGAAGCAAAAGAUGAUGUGCUCUGAUUGCAAAAAGGCUUUUUAUUGCUCUCAGGAUUGCUUGGAAAAGGACAACGAUUUACAUGUUUUAAUCUGUGCGCCUGUUGCGCAAACAGAGGCCAUUGGACGUGCUACUGAUGUGGAUGCUGACUUGCUUCGUUUAAUGACAAUCCUGAUGGCUCGUAAAUAUCUUGGUACACAAGACCAGGAUAGCACAGAGGACGUUGCUACUCGACCUACGCCUUACUGGUGCGUAGAAGAUCUGAUCAGCCAUAGAGACAAUGCAGAGCCAGCUUUCAUCAAGGUGCUUACUGAGGCUUCUCAGCGCCUGGUCAUGGAAAUGCCUGAUAAGAUUCAAAUGCCUGUGGAUGAGAUGGUGACGCUUGCUUGCAGAAUCAACUCAAAUGCACAUGGUUUGGGCGACAACCACUCACGAAACACAGAUGUCGCUUUGGGGUUGUUUCCGCUGGGAGCUUUGUUCUUCAAUCAUGGCUGUAACCCCAACACAGCAUUUGUUGGACUAUCCAACGGACAACUAGCAUUCAGAACAAUCCGACCUGUCAACAAGGAUGAAGAGCUGGUAGUGAGUUAUAUCGACCUGUAUUCAGACCGUGAUGAACGAAGACAAGAGCUCUUGCAGUCAAAGCACUUCUGGUGCAAAUGCAAGCGUUGUACUAGUCCCUUGGAGAAAUCAAUCGACCGCUUCCUUCAAGGUGUUGUCUGCAUAAAGUGUAAAGAGGAUGUAUAUAUUAUUCCGGCUACAUCAGUCGAACAUUUAUCAAAGGGAAACCGCAAUUUGUACCUGGAGCAAGGUAGUUUCAAAUGCGGCAAGUGUGGAUCGGAAGCAUCGUGUGAUCAAGUGCGAAAACCUUUGGAAAACGCCAAUAAAUCUUACAUGCUAGGUAUGAGCGCUAUUCGCCAAGAACGCAACUAUAGACGAGGAGCAGAAAAGUUAGAGCAAAUCACCAAAUGUGACAAAAACCGUGGAGGCGACUUACACGCAUUGAACGCUUUUCGACUUAACUCGCUUAUUCCAUUGAUGAAUUGCAAGCGACACAAUGGUGAUUUGAAGGGCGCCAUUGAGGUGAACAAGUCGAUCCUUGCCAUGAUGGAACAAUAUGCCAGUGAGGGCUUGCUACCAGCAAAUACAUCUGAGAUCUCUGAUUUCUGGCAGAAUUUAGGUGAAUUAUGCUCCUCCAUGGCAAAUGAAAGUAAAGGACGUAGUUCUAUAUUGGAAAAGAAGUGGCUUAAGGAAGCUCGCACUGCAUUUUUGCGUGCUCUCGCAGUUCGUAAUAUAGUGUUUGGCAAACCCCAUCCUAAAACCAAGCUCAUUGAAGAGUACAUGGCAACUCUGUCCAGCUCUUUAUAA